AUGCAGCAUGUGUUUGAGGUUGAAGCCAGAUUCCAGAACUCUGUGGCCCUCCACAGGCAGAAGAGAGAAUGGAUCGUCCCUCCCCAAAUCUUAGAGGAGAAUGUGGAUUACACCAAGCGAGAGUUCAUUGCAAAAAUUCGCUCAGAUAAGGAAGACGUCAGAAUGAGAAAUGUGAAGUACUCGCUGAAGGGCAUCGGUGCAGACCAAGAGCCGUUCCAUUUAUUUGUGGUGAAUCCUGAAACUGGAUAUGUAACUAUAACGAGGUUCCUUGACAGAGAGUCCAUCGCACAAUACAAUCUUUCAGGCGUUGCUACAUUCACAGAUGGCGCAAUUGCAGAGAAUGACAUUGGGUUGAGAAUAAAAGUGAAGGAUCAGAAUGAUAAUCCGCCUGUUUUCGGUCCAAUGAUACCUGGCGAUGUAAACGAGCUCAGUCUAGUAGAUACAGCAGUGAUGAAGAUUAAUUGCUUUGAUGCUGAUGAGGUAGGAAACCCAAACUCUCAAAUCAAGUAUGAGAUUGUUGAGCAGCAGCCAGCUGGGGCGCAAAUGUUCAGAGUUGAUGCAGAUGGGACAGUCCGUGUUAACAAUCCUGAACUGGAUAGAGAGGCUAUUGAUCAGUAUGUCCUGCUUAUCAAAGCAUCUGACCUGAACGGAGCCCCAGGCGGCAAUACCGCCACAGGAACAGUCACCAUCAAGAUCAAUGAUGUCAACGAUAAUGUGCCUACAUUGCAAGGCCCAUUUGAGGCUAGUAUUGAGGAAAAUACAGAUAAAAUAGAGGUGAUGAGACUUAAAGCAAGUGACCUGGAUCUUAAGGACACGGAUAACUGGGUGACUAAGUGCUUUAUUGCAUCAGGCAAUGAGGCUGGAUACUUCAGCAUUCACACGGACCCAAAGACCAAUGAGGCAGUCAUUAUGCUUGACAAGGCUGUUGAUUAUGAGGAUGUCAAAGACCUGAACCUUGGCAUUGGUGUAAUGAACAAUGCUCCAUUCCACCCCUCUGUGACUGGAGGACAAGAAGGAAUAAACAUAAACUUCGGUGGCAGCGGUGAUGGCGCAGGAGGAGGAGGAGGAGGAGGCGACGGCGGCGGCGGCGGAGGCGGAGGCGGAGGCGGUGGGGGUGGCGGCGGUUCAUGGUCGAUGUCAGGGAGUCAGAUAUACAAUGUGAACGUAAAGGUGAAAAACCAGCCAGAAGGACCCAAGUUCAUGCCCCUAACAAAAGCCAUUGCCAUCUCAGAAGGCAAGACUUUUAACAGCAAUGAGGUCAUCGCAAGGUACCCGGCCACUGACACAGACACGGGAAAGGAAGCUACCAACGUGAAGUAUGUUAAAGGAUUUGACCCAGAUAACUGGCUGAGCAUUGAUGAGACAACUGGGGCCAUUAGAAUGAACAAGGCUCCUGACCGCGAGUCCAAGUAUCUAGUUAACGGCACUUACAACGCCCUGAUUUACAGCAUAACUCAAGACUUGCCUUCAAAGACGGCAACAGGCACCAUUGCCAUCCAGGUAGAGGAUUUUAAUGAUCACUGCCCAACUUUGGCAAGCAAAGUCAAGACACUUUGUACUGAAAAGGAUGCCGUCUUAGUCACUGCAGUGGAUGAGGAUGCGCCACCCAAUGGAGCUCCAUUCACCUUCAAUGUUGUCCCAGAAGGAACUAAAGGGAAAUGGACAGUCGAGCAUUUCAACGAUACCACUGCCAUCUUCAGAACCCAUCAAAAGCUGUGGCCAGGAGAAUACGAGCUGACGGUGGACGUCAAGGACCAGCAGGGAUUGUCAUGUCCAGAACCUCAGAAAAUUCAGGUGGAUGUGUGCACCUGUACCGACCAGGGAGCUUGUGCCCGAACAGGAGGACAUGGAGGAACAGGAGCAUUUAAGAAGGGAUCCAGGUUUGGACCUGCUGGAAUCGGCCUUCUCUUCCUUGGACUCCUUUCACUAUUGCUCAUCCCACUCCUGUUGCUGCUGUGUCAGUGUGGAGCUGCUGGGCUGGCGGGAGCUUUCACAGACAUGCCCUUUGACACUAAAGAGCAUCUCAUCUCUUACCAUACCGAGGGCCAGGGUGAGGACAGGGAUGUUCCACUACACGAUGUUGUUGAUCGAAGGAUCGAAGGAAGGAAUUUUAUGUCGAGAGACGUUGUAAGUGAUAUGUACUUCACAGGAGGAGCUGGAGGAGUAGGUGGAGCAAGAGGAGCAGGCUUCCUGGACUCCUCUUCCACAAUGGGUGGCCGUGGCUACAAUGAAAUGGAAAUGUCCUACAUGGACUCGAUGAGGAGAAGUGAGACUCUUAGGAGUAGAGAAAUGGCUGGAGAUUUUGACGGAAUGGCCGUGUCUGAUAUGUUCCUGGGUGAAUACUAUUCACAGAAAAGUCAUGCAGUGGAGGAUGGAUUUGCUAAGAAUGAAGCUAUGGUGUAUGACUAUGAAGGGAAGGGCUCUCCUGUGGGCUCUGUGGGCUGCUGCAGCAUCCUCGAAGAUAACAAUGACCUAGAGUUUCUCAAUGACCUCGGGCCCAAGUUCACUACUCUCGCUGAAAUAUGUGGCGGUAAAAAGACUGAGGUCCCAGCUCCUCUUCCUCCCAAACCCAUCGUGGACCGUACCGAGGUGUCUUCAUCAACCAAUGUUAUAAAUUCUGGAAAUAUUGCCACUAACAGAGCUAUAUCUUCAAACGCAUUGAAUAUAGCUUCCAACACAGCUACGACAUCAUCUACUCAUGUGGAGAACUUCCUUGUCACAGACAACCGGCCCACAAUGAUUACGAGCGUACAACCAGCUCCAACAGUCCUGAUGCAACCGCAGCCAAUGUACUACAUGGUCGAGCCACAGCCCAGCACGGUACUGCUCACUGAAAGGCCCGCCAUGGGACAGAACAUGUACGUGCUGAACAGCGGCCCUGUAGCCGAGGGAGUUGUAGUCCAAGGCGGCAACAUAGCAACGAAUACCCUGACCCGCGGUGAGAGAAUGGUGCUUGUGGACAGAGGUGCUCCGGCUCAUGUUGGGAUGAUGCACACAGGUAAUCUGUCUGGAUCACAAGUGCUCCUGGUGGAUGGGGGAGCCACGAGCGGUCAUGUCCUUCAGGGGGGUCAAGUCCUUCAGGGGAUGCUUCAGAGAGGGGUUGCUGGAUCUCAGGGCAUAAUGGUUGUGGAAGGACAAGGGGGUCAAUUGAUUCAGGGGUCCCUCAAAAAAGGUGUUUCCACUCAUGGUGGAUCUCAAAAUGUCCUUUAUGUGGAGAGCAAAGGGGGAUCAGGUGUGGGCCAGGGGGGUCUUCAAAAGGGCAUGGCAGCCACCGCAGGGUCAUUUGGUAGCGUCGGAUUGGGUGGGACAUCUGUCCAGAUAAACCAAAAUCCAUCAUCACAUAAAGUCAUUGUCCAAGAGAGAAAGGUUGUGACAACACAAAAUAUCAAGUAACAACGAAACACUCAUACAGUACUUGUACAGUCGUAAAAGUGUUAGAGGGUUUAGAAAACCAUACUGUCAAUCAAGUCUUCAGAGCUCAUGCAUGCAAAUAAUUAGUUUCAUGUUGUCAACAUGUUAUGCUACUGAGAAUAUGCAAAUUAAUGCUUGAAAAACUGGUUUUUAAUGCCCUUGAGCGUACUUCUCCAUUUGUGUUGUGCACUAUACAUGACUUUAUUUUCCUUCUUUUUUCCUUGCCUAUAGAUUAUAUGUUACUGUACGUAUGCAUUCAGUGUGUGCUCUGUAAAGACUGUUGUUUGCAGAAAAUAUGCACAAGUUCUGGUAUCCCUGAGGCCAUUCCUGUGCAGUUCAUGCAAAUCAGCUCAAAGCUAUUUUCGUAAAGUGCAAAUAUAUGAGAACAGCCAGAAAUCUUUGAAGUCUUUAAAAUCUGUGCUAAUCUUUCAAAAAGGUUUUUUUGGGGUUUUUUUACGGUAAAGUACAGUGCUUUAAAAGACAAUUUAUUAAUAACUUACAAAUCAAGUGAACUACAAUGUAUAUAUUUGGGUAGCCAUUUAUAAAAAUGUUUAGUGCGCUUCAUUUACCAGUACUGGUAUGGUGUGCAAUUUUACAGUAUUUUCCAGUCCUCUUCUUAGUUACUGUUUGUAAACAAGUAGGAAGUCUGAUUAGUAAGUCUGUUUAGAAGCGUGUGGUUUUUCUUUGCAGUGCAGUUAAAUAAAAAGACCAAGCAGUAAUGAUUAUAUGUAUGAAAUGAAUGUUGUGUAAAAAUUUCAGAAUUGUUUAU